CAUAAAAAUUAUAUAUCUAAUAAUAGGACCAAUUAAACUCAAACUCAUCCAGAUAAAAAAGAAAACCAUCCUUUUCCCUUGCCCUGUUGCUCGCUCUCGCAUUCUGCAGGGGGCGACCAUCAUCUUCUCCAUCUAAGCAUGUCGCCAUUUCGGUUCCUCUUCACCAUACUCAUUUCUUCCCUUUUCAUCCUCUCCGUCUCCUCCAUAUUCCCACUUCAUCGCCGCUUACCAGAUGAAUUGCAUCCAGUCGUUCAACUAGGGAGAGCAGCAAUGGCUCACCAAUUCAUCGUUGCCCACAACAACGUCAGGUCUGCCUACGGCUUGAAACCCUUAAGGUGGAACAGAACAUUGGCCAAAUACGCUCGCCGAUGGGCCAACCAACGCAUUGACGAUUGUGAGCUGCAGCAUUCUCCUGAUAGUCCCUACGGCGAGAACUUGUUCUGGAGCUUGAAAGCCCACUGGGGUCCAGCAGAAGUCGUUAAGUGUUGGGCCGAUGAAAACGUCUAUUACAAUCAGAAAACAAAUGAGUGCAUCAACGGGGAGAUGUGCGGCCAUUUUACGCAGCUUGUAUGGAAGACCACCGAAAAGGUAGGGUGUGGGCGCGUUGAGUGCCGCAAUAAUAAAGGCUUCUUAUAUGUUUGCUCCUAUGAUCCUCCGGGGAAUUACUAUUUUGAGGGCCCAUUCGGUGGCACUUUUACCAAAUCCAUCGUCUAUCCUCCCCCCGGCAGUGCAUAAUUGCCAAUCCUCCUUCUAAGAUUUUCAGGGACCUAUAAAAUUUCACAUAUGUGGAUUCCAACAUACAUAUGUAUUGGAUAUACAAGCAAGAAUUUCCCAAUAUAUUGGCUUGGAUGGCUGAGUAUUGUAACUAUGUAUGUUUUUAUUCUUAUUUAUAUCUAGUGUUAAACAUAUGUACCCUGCAGGCAUCUUGUUCUAAAUCUAAUUAAAGCAUGCCUGGCAAGUUUUUCAGCUUUUGAUGGAAUUUGAUUUGUAAUAAUCUUUUUCUCC